AUGGUCACAGCAUCCGGUUUCGUCCUCGCUACUGCAUUGUGGUAUAGCGUAGUGUCUGCAGCAGAGGCUCAAAAUUGCUCUUCAGUAGCGGCCAUCGCUACUCAAACCUGUCAACAGCUCGAGAGGUCUCUAGGAUCUACAAUCGUUCAGACUCAAUCCUCCGGUUCAGAGUACGCUAUCGGUGCAAACUUCGCAUGGAGCACAUUCAGCGACGAAGUUAACUUCCAGCCAUCAUGCAUCGUAUUCCCGAAUACUACUCAACAUGUACAAACCGCGAUGAAGGCGAUUUUCGAGAACAAAGCUGAUUACGCAGUACAGGCUGGGGGACAUAGUGGAAUGAUAGGUUGGAAUACGGUUCAGAACGGAGUGCUUAUUUCAUUCAUGAACAUGAAUUCCACCUCCUACGAUUCAGAAAGUGAUACCAUCACAUUGCUACCUGGUAUACAUUGGGGUGACGCGACAUCUGCUCUGCAGCAAUAUGGGGUAGCCCCUGUCGGAGGACGUAUUGCCACUGUAGGAACCGGUCUUCUGCUCGGUGGCGGUAUAAGUUAUCUUUCUCCCGCAGAAGGUUAUGCUGCCGAUAACUAUGUGUCUCUCGAUGUUGUUCUUGUCAAUGGCACUUUGGUAACAGCGACUGCAGACAAUGAGUACGCAGAUUUGUUCAAAGCGUUGAAAGGUGGUGGGAAUCGGUUCGGAAUUGUGACAAAGUACGUAGUAAAGGCAGUUCACACUGGCACGGAGGAUGAAAAACGCUGGUUUGGUGGACUCUUAGUGUACCCCAACUCGUCAUCUGAAGCCCUUCUUGCGGCUCUUGCACAUUUCAUUCAUGACACAGCUGACCCAAACGCAGUCUUAGCCACAACAUUUCGGACUACCUGGGAAAAUUCAACCCAGGAUAUCGAGCUUGAUGUUAUAUUGGUCUAUAACGGUACUGAGGCAUCUUUCAACACCUCCUUUGCCGAGUUCCUUUCCAUACCCUACACGUCUUCCGCAUUACAAGCGUUGUCAUACCUUGAUCUGCUCAAUGCUGUCACUUUCCCGGAUGGAUUGGGCACACUUUUUGGCGCCAGUGCCUUGACCGGUGUCCCAGACAGCACGUUGGCUGAUGAAUAUCUGGAGACUUACCGAUUGUAUAACAACUUCAGUACAGCAUUUGCUUCAUCUACAGACAUUGCUUUUACCCUCCUUGAUUUUUCACCUGUUCCAAAAUCACAAAUUCAGGCGGGCUACGAGAAGGGCACAAAUCCUAUCGUUCCACCUCUGGGGACAGGAGGGUAUUUCGAGAUACUUUUCCAGGUGACUUAUGCCGAGGGUAUCACUGAGCCUUCACCAGAUGUUGAGCAAGGGCGCCAACUGUGGAUUUCGACUGCUCCAAGCACUCCAGGAUUACCAUUCUUCCUCAAUGAGGCAGAUGCCAAUCAACAAAUACUGGCAACUUAUGGAGGUUAUGAGUUCCUCAAGCAGGUCUAUGCCAAGUACGAUCCUACCAGCUAUCUCAGUAUUCUGUAUGGUCCUCCUAAUACCUAA